AUGGAGGAAUUGCCUUUCAAAUAUUUGGGAGUUCCUUUAUCAACCAAGAAAAUGUCAGUUAUGCAAUGGCAUCCACUAAUUGAUAGAAUACUGGCAAGAAUCAACUCAUGGACAGCUAGGGAACUAUCUUAUGCAGGGAGAGCUCAACUGGUACAAACAGUGCUUUUUGGUGUUCAAUCUUAUUGGGCACAAUUGUUCAUCUUUCCAGCUAAGAUAAUCAAGCUGAUUGAGAGUUUGUGUAGAAGCUAUUUAUGGUCAGGAGCUGGUCAUGUUACUAAGAAAGCUUUAAUAGCAUGGGAGCUAGUUUGCAGGCCUAAAAGUGAAGGUGGCAUGGGGUUGAUAAACAUGCUAGUGUGGAAUAGAGCAGCAGUAGCUAAACUCUGUUGGGACUUGGCAAAUAAAGAAGACAAGCUAUGGAUCAAAUGGAUUCAUGCUUAUUACUUAAAAGGUCAGAUUGAAUGGCAGAAGAGAGAUCAAGCCAGCUGGAUGAUCAGGAAAAUUAUGAAUGCUAAGCACAUAGUUGAUCAGUGUCAACCAAGGCAAGGAAAAGGGCCAGACCAAAAGCUAGUUUUUACUCUAUGGAUCUUGUUGAAUAAGAAGCUAGCAACAGUGGAUAGACUUACUAAAAGGGGAAUGACACUUGAUAGAGAUUGUGUAUUGUGCAAAAGUGCAGAUGAGAGUAUGGAGCAUUUGUUCAUCCAAUGUCAUUAUGUUGAAGAAGUAUGGGAGAGGCUGCUAAGGUGGAUUAAUGUACACAGCAACAUGCCAAAGACUUGGACACAGUUUAUUCAAUGGUGUGUUAAAAAUGGGAAAGGGAAGACUGUUAGAGCACAACUAUUCAAAGGGAUACUUGCUGAAGGAGUUUAUGGGCUGUUGAACGAAAGAAACAAGAGAAUUUUUGAAGAAAAGAGUAGCUUGAUAGAUGAAGUAGUUAAGAGGAUAGCAUAUGUAACUAUAGCUAGAUCUUCCAGUAGUAUUAACAAUGUUAUUAAGCAUAGGCAGAUUUGA